CGGGGGGGAGUCAGUUGAGGCGGCGGGAGCUCGGCGGAGGGCGGGCCAGGUGACUGGUCCGGGCCAUGCCGAGGAAGAAGCCCUUCAGCGUGAAGCAGAAGAAGAAGCAGUUGCAGGACAAGCGGGAGCGGAAGCGAGGGCUUCAAGAUGGGCUGCGAUCCAGUUCCAACAGCCGCAGCGGGAGCCGGGAGCGGCGGGAGGAGCAGACCGACACCUCAGACGGGGAGUCUGUGACCCAUCACAUCCGCAGGCUCAAUCAGCAGCCUUCCCAGGGGCUGGGCCCGCGAGGCUAUGCCCCAAAUCGAUACCGGCUGCAUUUUGAGCGAGAGAGCCGGGAGGAGGUGGAGAGGAGAAAGAGAGCGGCCCGGGAGCAAGUACUGCAACCAGUCAGCGCUGAGGUGCUAGAGCUGGACAUCCGGGAGGUUUAUCAGCCUGGGUCAGUUCUGGACUUUCCGCGACGUCCUCCUUGGAGUUAUGAGAUGUCCAAGGAGCAACUAAUGAGCCAGGAGGAGCGGAGCUUCCAGGAGUAUCUUGGGAAGAUUCAUGGGGCUUACAGCUCUGAGAAACUCAGCUACUUUGAGCACAAUCUGGAGACAUGGAGGCAGCUGUGGCGAGUGUUAGAGAUGUCUGACAUCGUCCUGCUUAUCACUGAUAUCCGACAUCCAGUUGUGAAUUUCCCACCAGCACUUUAUGAGUACGUGACUGGAGAACUUGGGCUGGCUCUGGUGCUGGUCCUAAACAAGGUGGAUCUGGCCCCGCCGGCUCUCGUGGUUGCCUGGAAGCAUUAUUUCCACCAACACUAUCCCCAGCUCCACAUCGUCCUUUUCACCUCUUUCCCUCGGGACCCCCGUACCCCACAGGACCCUAGUAGUGUCUUGAAGAAGAGUCGGAGGCGGGGGAGAGGAUGGACUCGGGCCCUGGGGCCAGAGCAGUUGCUGAGAGCCUGUGAAGCCAUCACUGCAGGGAAAGUGGACUUAAGCAGCUGGCGGGAGAAGAUUGCCCGGGAUGUGGCUGGGGCCACCUGGGGUAAUGGCUCUGGGGAGGAGGAGGAAGAGGAGGACGGGCCAGCAGUCCUGGUGGAGCAGCAGACUGACUCAGCGAUGGAGCCAACCGGCCCGACCCGGGAGCGCUACAAGGAUGGGGUGGUGACCAUCGGCUGUGUGGGUUUCCCCAACGUGGGAAAGUCCUCGCUGAUCAACGGGCUGGUGGGGCGGAAGGUCGUGAGUGUCUCCAGAACCCCGGGCCACACUCGAUACUUUCAGACCUACUUUCUCACCCCCUCCGUGAAGCUCUGUGACUGCCCGGGCCUCAUCUUCCCCUCUCUUCUGCCCAGGCAGUUGCAGAUUCUGGCGGGGAUCUACCCCAUCGCCCAAAUCCAGGAGCCAUACACCGCCGUGGGCUAUCUAGCCUCCCGGAUCCCUGUGCAGGUCCUGCUCCACCUGCGCCACCCCGAGGCCGAGGACCCCUCCGCAGAACACCCUUGGUGUGCCUGGGACAUCUGUGAAGCCUGGGCCGAGAAACGUGGUUACAAGACAGCCAGGGCGGCCCGGAACGAUGUGUACAGAGCAGCCAAUAGCCUCCUGCGGCUGGCGCUGGACGGCCGCCUCAGCCUGUGUUUUCAUCCCCCCGGCUACACUGAACAGAAAGGCACCUGGGAGUCGCAUCCGGAGACCCUGGAGCUGGUGGUUUUGCAGGGCAGGGUGGGGCCGGCAGGUGACGAGGAAGAGGAGGAAGAGGAAGAGCUGAGCAGCUCCUGUGAGGAGGAGGGAGAGGAGGACCGGGAUGCGGAUGAGGAGGGGGAAGGGGAUGAGGACACCCCAACCUCAGCUCCAGGGUCCAGCCUGGCCGCGCGAAACCCUUACGCCCUGCUGGGCGAGGACGAGUGCUGAGUCUCUGCCCUGCGCCAUCUUCCCCACCCACUUAUCUUUGCUUUUGGACUGACCUGGGGGUCUCUCCCUCUGCCGCCCCAAUUGUGAAUAAAGAUUGUCUGCUUUGUAGCUCCUUCCCCA